CGUGCAAGCAUCAGUUUUGAGCGCAAUUACUGCAUUUAACUUAAAUAAAUUAUUUGUCUACGGCAACGCCGCUAAGUAAAAUGUAAAUAAAUGGUUACACAAACGGAUACAAGGAAAUCCAUGUCCAAUGGUGCAAAAGUCUUAAUAGCAGCAACAGGCGGUAUUGGUCUAGGAAUUUCCAUAGUAUGUUUUGCAUUUGUGGCACCAGCAUUUCGUCGCAUUUGUUUACCGUAUGUACCCGCUACCGCUGAACAGAUAAAAAAUGUUUUACAUUUUUUACCACGCAAUGAAAAUCGAGUUCGUUUGCUAGAUAUUGGCUCGGGUGACGGUCGGAUCGUAAUAGCAACCGCCCAGCAAGGUAUUAAAUGCUCCCACGGUGUGGAAUUAAAUCCGUGGCUCGUAUGGUAUUCACGCUUUGCUGCGUUAAAAGAAGGCGUGUAUCCGAAAACUAAAUUUUUUUGCAAAGAUUUGUGGAAAUUCAACUUAAAACCAUACGAUUAUGUGAUUAUUUUUGGAGUCGAACAAAUGAUGGAGCAGCUGGAAAAUAAGUUAGUUUUAGAAGCGCCUCACUCUAAAGUAAUAGCUUGUCGUUUUCCAUUGCCAAACCUAAAGCCCGUAAAGAGCAUUGAUGCUGGCGUUGAUACGGUAUGGUUUUAUAAUCUUAGUGAAAACAAUACCAGCAGCCGACGUCAAGCUUAGUUCAAUUUUAAUUUUCUUUAUAUAUUGUUUGAUUUAUUCAAAAUAAAAAAAAUAAAAUUUUACUUAAAUGCAAGAUACACAGUUUCCAAUUCGAU